GCCGACUUGUAAAUAAAUAGAGCUGUACACCACCUCAUACAAAUCAGUCAGACAGGUCCCUGAUUAACGCCAAGAUGGGUAUGAGACAAGCUAAGGUGCUGAUCUUGCUGGUACUCUAUGUUGCUGUUCAGUCAAGAAAAUUAAAAGAUGAAGUGAAAGUCCUAACCAACCGCCUGAAUUCCUUGGCCCCUCCAGAAAACUGUAUGGACCUACUGGUAUCUGGGAAGCACCCGAUUUCUGAUAACAUGAUUACAGCUUCUUCUUAUUGGAACAAGGAUGCAGCACACAGCCCAGUCAUAUCAAGAAUAAAUAAUAAUUACAGACAUGUUGGAGCCUGGUGUGCUACCAAAAAUGACCAACAUCAGUGGCUACAGUUUGACCUUGGGACAGUGAGGAAAGUGACAGCAAUACUGACCAAGGGCAGGGAAUUUGAUCACAACCAAUAUGUCAGAGAAUAUCAGGUGCACUAUGGUAAUAGUAGCCAACUGCAGAUGAAAGCAUACGGGGAUGCAAAUGGACGUAUUAAGACCUUCAAGGGAAAUGUGGACACUAGGAAUAUCCAGGAGAAUGUGCUAUAUCCUCCAAUAUAUGCUCGUUAUGUGCGCAUUAAUCCAACCUCCUGGUAUGGUCACAUUUCUAUGAGAGCAGAUCUGCGUGGAUGUUGAA